AUGACAACUAUGUCUCAAAACUUAGAUAUAGAUAGUAUACUUGAGUCAGAUAAAGAAGAUGAUAUAGGUGAUAUAAAGCUAGAUGAAAGUAUCGAGAAAGAGGAGGAUUAUCCUCCAAACGCAAAGGACCAAGGGAAUGAGGCUUAUUCACAAGGGGAAUUUAAUAAAGCAAUAGAAUUAUGGCUUAGAGCGUAUAGAUCCUGCUGUUACAUACUUGACAAAAAAAUAUAUGAAACUCAACCUGACAAGUUGGAAGAUGUUCAAUGUAUGAAAUUGCAAAUAGAAAAUAACUUAGCAAUGGGCUAUCUUAAAUUAAAAGAUUAUAAGACUGCAAUUAAAUAUGCAGAUUCAGUGUUAUCUAGUGAACAUAAAAAUAUAAAGGCUCUAUAUCGUAAAGCUGAGGCGUUAUUCUAUACUUUGGAAUACAAGUUAUGUAUUGAAACACUGGAAUUUGCUUUGAAAAUUGAACCUGAAAAUACUGCCUUAAAGAAGUUACAUUAUCAUGCUUUGAAAGAGUUGUCGAAAUAUCAAAAUAAAAGCAGAAAAAUGGUAAGUCCGUGA